AUGUCGUCUACCACUGUCACCAAGAAGGACCAAAAAACCGUCGUUGAGAAGAAGGAGACCGAGGAGGAGGAGUUUGAGGAGUUCCCAAUUCAGGAAUGGCCAGAACGUGCCGACGGCGAGGAUGAUGAGGUCAACGUUUGGGAGGACAACUGGGACGAUGAGACCCACGAGAGCGAAUUCUCGAAGCAGCUAAAGGAGGAACUUCGCAAAGGAGGACAUCCAAUCGCCUAA